AUGUCCAACCGACAACUCGCCCGCGACAUGCAAGUCGAAUUCCAGGCUCGCUUCCAAGCGAAACAAGCCCGUCGCGAAGCGCAAAAAGCAGCGAAGCAGGACCCGUUACUCAAGAAGCAAAUCCAGGACCUGCUGAAGAAGGGCGAUACAGCUAAGGCCUAUCAGAAGGCCAAGAUGCUGCUUUCUAAACAGGCCCUCGCCCAGCAGAUGGACCAGAUGGCCGACAUGGCCGAACUUAGCGUCGCCCAGAUCCAAGCCAAUAACGCUAUGAACCGCAUGACGAACAUGAUGGGCCAGUCCUCGCGCACCAUGACUGCUGCUCAACGCAAUAUGAACCCUGAGCGCACCCUAAUGACGCUCGAGCAAUUCAAGCAGCAGAACGAGGAAUACGCCGUCAACAACGGCAUCUACCAAGACGCCAUCUCGCAGACGACAUCACAGCAAGUCUCCGAAGACGCAGUACACGAACUCCUCGGCAAGCUCGCCGACGACGCCGGCGUCCAGCUCAACUCCGAACUUAACUCUGCACAACCUAGCCGGGCUGAACCCGCGCCCGCCCAGACUGCAGAACCGACCGCCGAGGAAGAGGAUGCCCUACAGCAGCGCCUCCGCGCCUUGCGGGCUUAG